UUGGACAUACGUAAUAACAAUUCUAUAAUCUUGUUUUAUUUGUAUCAGAAUUCAAUUUCUUGGUUUUUAUCAAGAUAUCACAUACUAUUAAUGUUCUACACUUCAGUUCAUAAAAACAGCAAUCAGCAUGACAGACUCAACAGUGUAUUCUUCUUUGUUUGCACUUGUAGACAGCCAUUUAUCUAAAACUAGUGUACAAGACAAUGGAGAAGGUACUUGUAAUCAGACUAUCAAAAUUCCACCAUUCAAUAAUGUUGAAAGUCAGUCAGAAACUUUACUACCCUCGCAAUCGUCUCGAAGAUUUCCCAUAUCACCUUUCAACACGAAUGAGAGCCCCAUUGUGAAUGUUUUAGCUCAGCAAGUAGCAAACAUGCUUAAAUCUAAGGAAAUACAAAAACAAAAACAAGAAAAGCUAAAGUUAGAAAAAGAAUUGAAGCGACUUCAAAUAGAAGAAGAAAAAAAUGCCGUAAUCGACUUAAUGAAAGCUAUUCAACCACUACAAACACCUGACUUUAAUUUACACCCUGAAGAAACUCUUAGUAACAGCAGUUCUUGUGAGGCUUUGUUUGAAUUGAAUUUUGAAGAUUGUGAUGAAGAACCAGAAAAAACAAAAACUCCAGAGCCCUUGCUACCAUGUAUAACAGACAUGUCAUAUAUAUUGAAACAAAAAUUCAAGAAAUAUAAAGCCUCUCCCUUUAGUAGAGUAGUGACAUCAAGGUUACGGCCAGUUGCUGCGCCAUACUUAAGGCAAGCAUAUCCAACAACAAUUGAUAGAUUUGCUUUUGAUACCCCAUCACCCUGCGAUAUAAUAAAAGCAAAUUUGAAGAGGCCAACAAUGUCCAUUCAUUAAAUAGUUAAGUUUGGAAGAUAAUUAAUAAAUCCAACUGCUAUAUUGUUCUACUAAACAUUAUUGCGAUAUAAAGUUGAAAAUACAUUACCAGGUAGAAAUGAAAUAAUUAAGUGUUGAUAAUUAUUUCAUACUCAAACAUUUACAAUAUAAUCACAUAUUACAGCCUCAUCACUUUCAAACUAGUUAGAAAUAUUUGCAAAGAUUUUGAAAUACAAUAAAACUAACCUUGUAUAAUUGUAAAAUUAUUGUGAUAGUUAUCACUGUCUUGUUUGGUCUAGUGGCUAGCUUAUAAAGAUAAAAGAAUUAAGAUUCCGAGGUACUGGGUUCAAAUUUAAUUAGUAAUGUUAUUGGGUUUAUCUAUUGAGAUAUUAUCAAUAGCAGCCUGGAGUCUGGAAGUUGACCAUGUUUACACUUUGGUGCCUGGAAAUGUAUAUGGUGUUUUGUAAUUGUUGUCACGUCAGAUUAUGUGAGUGUAAUUAAUUUUGCCCAGCCAUUAAUUUCUGCCCAGCAAUGUGCCCUGUGCAGUUAACUAGCCUGUCAAGAAAGUAGCCGCCAUUACCAAAAUCAUUUAGGAAGUGGUAGUUACUAUUAUUUAUAUAUUGUUAGUGUAGUAAUAUGGUUUAUGUAGUAACUCUUUAAGGUAGUUCCAAGUAGCUUUGAAUUAUAUUAUUAUAUUUAAAGUAUGUUUAUAUACUAAGUAAAUUUAAGAUCAAUAUUACCAAUGUUAAUCUGAUAUUAGAUGGUAAUAUUACUGCUCAAUUUAUACAAUAAAGGAUAUUGUAAUUGUCUUAAAAUGGUUUAACUGCAUAUUAUAAGUUAUAUUGUCAGUUAAAAUACAAUUAUACUGAGUUCGUGAACAAG